AUGUCGAAUACGCCGCCGGAAGCGUCGACCGGUUUAGAUUCGAACGAUCUCCACCACGAGAUCGGCAGGCAGAAUCACCUGGCGACUCGGUUGGAACUCGACGACUCCGAGAAACGCGAUCAGAUACGAGGAAGCGACGGCAACAACCCUGACAGCGAUUGCGAAAGCGACACCAGCGAGGUGUUGAGCGUCGGUAGCGAACCGACGCCCACGAGCGUCGUUGGAAUACGUGGUUGCGGCUCGGUCAGGUAUGACCAGGAAUCGGCGAGCAGCCGUGGCGGUGACUUUCGAGACGAGGAGAACACGAGGACAUCGGCCACACCAUCGCCUUCUAGCUCAACGAGCUGCAACGACGCGUUCUAUCAGAGGACGGCUAAUCACGUCUCGGCACCUAGUCCACCGGCUUACAGCCAACCACCUUCGUCGCCCACGGCGUCCUCGGUCAGGUCACCGGCUUCCUCCUCGGCCACCGCCUCCUCCCCGGGUCGGCCCGAGGCCGUUCAAGACGUCAUAGUGCCCAGGUAUCAGUCCAAUCAUCCGCCGCAUUUGUUACCGCGUUAUUCGUCGAGGGAGACCGAGAUCCCCGAUUAUCCGCCUCGAGUCCAGCACAGCCUGAGCCACGAGAUCGUUUACCCGACCGUGGAGAGGUUGCACAGGACCCCGAUCAGCGUUCCGUUGGUCACCAGGCUGUCGUUGUCGCCACCGUCGGCCAUGACGGUCGCCGGUCUCCAGGCCACCACCCCUGUCCUCCAUCCAACCGCGUGCAGGGAUCCACGGGAAACGGCCUCGUUGAUGCCGCAUCCGGGCCAGCAACACUUGCACCACGCCAACAGCCACGUCCACCUUCAUCAGACGUCCCAGGUGCAACACGUACCCGCAAACUCGGUGCACCAGCACCGACUCUCGGUCAGCAAAAUCCUUCAGAGGGAGCCUGGCAGCCCUGCCUCGCCCGGCCCGAGGGAGGAGAACGGGAGAACGAUCCACGGUGGCGCGAACGGUGUUCAGAAUAAUGGGAUCAAUAACAGUAACCAUCAUAAUAAUCACAACAACAACAACAACAACAACAAUCUGCAGCACCAGGCCGGCUUGAAGUUCAGUAUAGACAACAUAUUGAAAGCGGACUUCGGCAGAAGGAUCACAGAUCCCAUUUCCUUGAAGAAAUCCCGGCCGAAGAAGGUCAGCUCGAGGCCCAUCGACCUGACCAAGGACUUUCUAGAGUCGGCCACCGAGACCACCGAGAAAAGUAGCUCGGAAACUAGCUCGACGACCAACGCCACGUCCGUUACCACCGCCAAUCCUGCCUCCAACACGCCCGGACCACCUGUAACCGAUCCUGGAAAGCAGUUGCCUUGGCCUGCUUGGGUCUACUGCACCAGAUACUCGGAUCGACCUUCCUCCGGGCGGAGAACGUACCGUGUUGCAGGUCCGCGCACGAGAAGGGUAAAGAGGUCGGAUGGCCGUGGCAAUGGCGGCACCCCCGAGGAGAAACGUCCGAGGACGGCAUUUAGCGGCGAACAACUGGCAAGGCUGAAGAGGGAGUUCGCGGAGAAUCGAUACCUGACCGAGCGAAGGAGGCAGCAGCUCUCGAGGGAUCUGGGCCUGAACGAGGCGCAAAUCAAGAUCUGGUUUCAGAACAAGAGGGCGAAGAUCAAGAAGGCCAGCGGGCAGAAGAAUCCGCUCGCCCUUCAGCUGAUGGCCCAGGGUCUUUACAAUCAUUCGACGGUUCCGUUGACGAAGGAGGAAGAGGAACAAGCGGCGGAACUUCAAGCGAAAUGACGGCAAUAGGAUCGAUCGAAUGAUUGAG